CGCGCGGGGAUGACAUUGCAUUGAAUUUGAAAAAUAGAAGUGAUUGAAAAAUAAUUUUAAUUGUAAAUUUUUAAAAGUUUUAGUGAAUUGUUGUCAGUGUUUUUACAUAAUUUUAUAUAAUAUAAUUUAGUGAGUUUUAAAGUGUGCAACAGGACGACAGAUUUUGUACCCGAAGAAUUUAAACUGUCCAAGCCAGACAAUCCCGAGAUGAUCGUACAAACUUGGUUACAUAAUUUUGACUUCGAUCAACAGAAGUUCAAAAUGACUCCAGAUCACUUGGACUAUACAAUAAAGCCUGAAUUACCCGAUAAGGUGCAACCACACUCUAUAAAUAACAAUGGACCUCUGGACAUGUCACCAGCCUCUCCUGAUACCAAUGAUAGGUUAAGCCCAGGAUCAUGCGACUCUGUCCUCAAUUCACCAAAAAUUGAAAUAAAAACUGAACAAUUUGAUAACUAUAGCGAAUAUGAGGUUUCUAUAGCUAAUUAUAUGGCACAGAGGCAAGGAGACUUCAAUAAAAGGAUAAGAGAUCACAUAGAAAGGCCACCUUCAACAUUCAGCAAUGACUCCGGCAUCUUAACACUGGGCAAUGGCAACUCGUCUCCACCAAAUGCUGAUCAAAUCGAAUUUGAACUGAAUCCAAAUUUCAAAGUUUUCCAACCAAAAGAUGAACUUUACAAAAUGAACAGAUUGUCCCAAAUCAAGAAACAGCAGUAUGUAGAACAACAGAGAAAACUACAUCCAAUUGACUUCUCAUACAAUCCUAACAAGUCUAGAAAUUUAAAGACAUAUUCAGAUGCAUCUCAAGCAGAAGAAAGAGCAAAGAACAACUUUGCCAGUAGACGUAGCAGAUAUAAGAAAAAAUUGGAAGCCCAAACAAAGAACUUCAGUCUGGAUUUCAGCAUGAUGGAAUGCCAACAAUUAUGGGAAGAAGAGAAACGAUUGUCUGCUCUUAUAAGAUAUUUAGAAAAUGUAUGCACCAAAGUUGGUGUCGACAAACAGACCAUGAUUAAAAUGCGUAAAGUUAUAGUCUAUAGAAUUUUAUGUUUGAUGAUCCAAGUUGUAAAAUUUACAAUUGGAGCUAUACAGAGAAUCCCACCUUUUGGGAAAGAUUAUAGUACAAAUGGCAGAUUAUAUAAUGAAUUAUAA